GUUAAUGUCAUCUUCAGUCUCCAACUAGCUCGCAUGCUAGUUCUUACCCUCAGUUGACAUUUUCCUCAAUGUGAAUUGGUUUACCAAACAGCCACCUUGGGUAAAAAUUAGAAAGACAUUUGCUGUAAGCGAAAACGAGCAAGCGGAGUCCAGUUUAAGGCAUCAUGGCGAGUCAGCGACCUCCCUCCAGCAUUGGCCGCCCAAUGAGCCGUAGUGGAUCUGUGGCCCCUGGCGCUGGAAGACCCCCAACAGCUGUCCGACCACCUCCUACAGCUAUCCGUGUCGCAACCGGGAUGGUUCCAGGUACAAGUGGUCAUCCUGGCAUGAGAGGCGGCAUCCCCAUCGCCACCCCUGGGGUCCUUUCAGCACAGAUCAAAGUGACUGACCGACCUGUGACCCAACAGGGGCUCAGUGGUAUGAAGACCGGCAUGAAAGGACCUCAAAGACAGAUUCUGGAUAAGUCCUACUACCUGGGCCUUCUUAGGAGUAAAAUCAACGAGUUAACCACCGAGACCAGCAAACUGCACAAAGAGAUCGACAACUACCGUCAGGAGAAUUCUGUUUAUCUCUCCUAUGAGAAGAGAGCUGAAGGCCUGGCUGCAGAGAUUAAGGAUCUACAGGGCCAGCUUGCUGACUACAACAUGCUGGUGGACAAGCUCAACACCAACACAGAGAUGGAGGAAAUGAUCAAUGACUACAAUAUUUUGAAAGCCCAGAAUGACAGCAAGGCUGAAAGCAUUGAUAGCAUCUUCACUGAGCGGAGAGAAAGAGAGGAGGCCAUCAGGGCGAUAGAAGAAGAAAUCAGGAAGGAAAGGCGGGUUGCUGAUGAGGUCAUCCAGGCGAUGCCGGCUGCAAAGCAAGAGAAGUAUUUCGCCAUGACAGCAGCCAAUGAGGAACUGCUACAGGAACUUGCUGUUCUCCAGGAGGAGCUGGACAUUCUUCUAACCAGGAAGGAGGACUACGACGCUGAGCUGUCCCACUCGCACAUAAAGCAGGAAGUGGUUCGGCUUCAUGAGACUCUGUCGGCGCUGGAGGCGAAGCGUGACGCCAUGGAGGCUGAGCAAAAGAGCCUCAGCUCUCCACAGGAGCAGAGAGACCAACUUCUAAAUCAGGUUAAGGAGGACAACCAGGAAAUGGCCAGCAUGGAGAGACAACUUACAGAGAUCAGGGAGAGGAUGGGUCAGAUCACAGAGGAGAUCCGACAACUGGAGCAGGACUCAGAGGAAGCUCAGGGGGAGUGUCAGCAGAAAUACAAAGAGCUGAAGAAGAAAGAGGAGGAAAUUGACCGGUACCUGGAGUCAUUUGAGGAGGUCUGGGCGCAAGAACAAGACAAGAUGACACAGACCCAGGAGAACAUCGUCUCCCUCCUGGAACACUGCAGCAGAAACAUGCUGCGGCUACGUCAGGUGGAUACAGUGACUGCCAGUGAGUUGAGGAACAUGCAGGAGGUUCUGGUUAGCAAGGAGACAGAGGUGGUCCAAUCAGAGAGCACUGCAAGAGGACUAACAACUGAGUCCCAGCGCCUGCAGCAGGACCUGGAGAAGGUGCAGCAGCUGGAGGGGAAGAUCACAGUGGAGCUCAGCACCCUGAAGGAGCGCAUCAGCACCAUGGAGUUUGAGCUGGUCACCUACAGGGACCUGGACGCCCUGAGACACACAGCAGAGGAGAAGAAAAAGAGACUCCAGGAGGACCGCGUGUCCCUCACUCUGCGUCGGGACUCAUUCAAACAGCUGCUGGAGGAAAUGAACCAGGAAUAUGAAGUUCUGAAGACCAAACUGCAAGAAAACGAGACCCAUGCUCAGCUGGCAAACCUUGAAAGGAAAUGGCAACACUUGGAGCAGAACAACUUUGUGAUGAAAGAAUUCAUCGCGUCCAAAUCUCAGGAGAGUGAUUACGCCUCAGUCGCCAAGAACGUCUCCCAACAGGUGGCAGAGUACAACAAGAGUCUGAUAGAGUCCUUGCAGAACAAUAGGAGUUAAAAACACAUAGCAUAACAGAAAAAUAAACAUAAACUAAAGACAUCUGCAGUCUGUUACAGUUAAUGGAGUUGCUUUCUGUACUAAAAGACCCAAAAUGUGUCGCUGUAGUCAAUGUUUGAUGCAUUUAUCCACGAUUUUAUAUUUAAAUGUCGUUGAUAUUCUGCUGCAUUCCUUUCCAUGUCACGACUGUAGGUUUCUGUGAGCUAAUCUUUAAAGUGCUCCAAUCAUUUGAAUAAAGAGGUUUUGAGAAAA